AUUCUACCCCUAAAUACAGGGGAUGCGCGGCCGGUUCCCUCAUUUUAACGUGGUCCGUCGAUGCACGUUGUACCCCCGGUUGUACCCGUCUUCGUUCUCUGUGUCUCAUCAUUCGAUAUUGCUGCGAUCGGUUCGUUCAGCUGUGCCGGGUGCAGUCACCGACGCUAGUGAACAGCGUCAUGUUCGUCGUCCGAUGGAACGGGACUGUGUGAACUGAUGUCUUAGACACCCGAAGGAUUGACACGCGAACGGCGGGGGGUGAGCAACGUGGCUGUUACACGGUGAUCGCUGGAGGGAGAGUUCUCUGUUGGACGCGUGGUCCGGUCGAUCAUCCGGAACGAGCAGGAUGACAAUGGAAGAUCGCACGAGUGGCAUCGACCGUGCCGCCCCCGCGACGUCUACGACAGCCACGACGGCGUUGACGUCGUGCAGCCCUCCGUCCAUCAGCGACGUCACCUCCGACGCUUCGUAUCCUCUUCAACGCGCCAGCAAGCGUUCUUUCGACGUGGCGUUCCUCGUCGCGCCCGACGAGAAUCUCGCUCGUCGUCAAAGCGAGAAGAUGAGGAUGGUAUCGAGCAGGAAAGAUCGUUCUCGCGAGGAAAUAUCGACGGAGAAUAUCUUGGACUCGGACAGACUGCCACAGAAUUUGACGAUCAAGAGCUACGACAACGAUACUGCUGUCUCCGACAGGAGGAGGAUGAUGCAGUGCACGGAGAACUCUCUAAGCCCACCGUACAUAUCUCCGAGGACUCUAACUCCGACGUUACCAGGUUUGUCGCCCGAUACCGACGCACGGAGAUACGUCUCUGGCAGCCGUCUACAGAAAUCACCUAGUCCACCUGCGUUUAGUACGCAUCAGUCGAUGUUGACCACCUGUCCCGACGCGGUAGAGCCAAACUUGUCUUGCAACAAGGUUUACGACACCGGUAUAUCCUGUCCGACCGAUCGCCACGGGGAAUCUCGCAGCGCGUUCACGAAGGUGAAUCUGGCAGCUCAAAGGAACGGCUUCAACGACGAUGGACAGACUUCGCCAAGGUCUUCCAUAUCGCCGGACGAUCGUACCGGCUACCAAAGCAGCGUCAGCCCGCCGGUGGUACCGUUGACAGCUACCACUGGAUACAAAUACGCGCCGUUUCCUACGAAAAUGACUUACCCUUUUCUAGUCAGUCCCGAGGGUAGUCAGCCGGGCCUGUUGGAGAAUUUGAAGAUAUCUCAGAUCGCUCAGCCGCCCAAAGUACCCAGUCCGAAGAUGCCCAGCUUCCGGCCAGAUUUGCCACCGGUUUAUCCAAACCUGCCGUACAAUCCAAUCUCCGUGUUUCCACCUAUGGCGGACGCGUUGACUAGACCAAGAUUCUUGGCGACGGCCGCCGGGGUGGCUGGCCUUCUGCCCUCAUCGUUCGCCGCGUUGACUCUGCCCGCGCAAAACGUCUGCGCCAAAUGUAAUCUGUCUUUCCGGAUGACCUCCGACCUGGUGUACCACAUGAGGUCCCAUCACAAGAACGAGAACUCCGCCGAGGCUGCCAGAAGGAGGAGGGAGGAGAAACUGAGGUGUCCCGUUUGCGACGAGAGUUUCAGAGAAAGGCAUCACCUGACCAGGCACAUGACCGCGCACCAGGAUAAGGAAAGCGACGCGAUUGUUGAUCAAGUAGAAGUGAAGAGGAGGGCCACCACUGUUCACAGCAAGUGACGACGGAAAUCGUCGACGGAAGACACGUUACUGACCAGUGGCUAUUCGUUCGAAAAUUAAGAUGCUCCUUCUUUAAAAAAAAAGAAAAAAAAAAAAGAAGGACGAGGAGUUUUCGAAGAACUCAAACGAAGUUUGAGCCGUAAGAACACUAAGAACUCGGUAGGAGAAGUGAGAGAAUUGCUUUGGGGGGUGUCGUUCUCAAAGUAGGACAAUACCACUCGAUUAAUCUGUUUUCAAUUUGAUCUUUGACUUGCGAAAUUCGUUCGGAACGAAGAUGAAACGCUCUUCCAGUUUUUUAAGAUAUCAUCUCCUAAUAUACGUAGCUCGAUAAACAGGAUCAUUCUACCUAUUCUACCACUAGCUCCUCGUGAAUAUCCACGAAAUUUUUGCACUUGCCCAUUUUAACUGAACUUUACAUUUUAAAUGGUAUACGUGUACGAUAAACGAACUAAUCGCUAGAGGCUUUAACCGAUUAACAUAAGAGAUCAUACCUUACGAGCCGCACGAUAAGGUGAUAUUCCCUCUCUAGUCAAUAUUAGGUAGGAGAAAUUUGUAAAUAUUCCCGAUUAAUCACCGAUUGAUCGGACUUUAUUCUAGGAUCGGACUUUAAGGAUACGAUAGGAUCACGAUAUAAGAGCUAGAGUAUUCUUUGAAUCCCAGUUACCUUCUUUCGCGCAACCAACAAAUUUUUGCCAUUUAAAAAUAUAUAUAUCGUCGAUAUAUUUCUUUUCCAGCUGGUGAAACGAAACAUUUUGGUUCACAUUUGCUGGUAGGUAGGUGUGAUGCGGGAGGCGGGGGGGGGGGGGGGGGGGGGGGAUUGCAGCACAGGUGAGGACAGAGAGCGUGCACUGGCAGGGACAGAACGCGACGUAAGCCGCGUUCAUUUGUGUGUCGGGGGUGGCGCGGCAAUAAAUAGAUCGUAAACCGUACCCCGGCUAACACACAAACCGGCGGAGCGCGCAUAAUGGUAGGAAACAAUGAAUGCCGUAAUCGGAAACAGUGCCGGUUUGUUAUCUGCCAUUUACACUCCAUUUAACUUCAAACAGUGAAUCGGCUGGCGCGCAUUCGCGUUUUAAAUACACGCGACCUCCGCAGCCAUCCCCGGCUCCACCCUUGCCGCACCGCCUCCUGGUUCUCGUGAUCCCCUCCUGCUCGACGUGCAGCUUAGCAUAGGGUUAACCUGCCGCUCCGAGUGGCUUAAUAUUGCCCGGAAUUGCUUGACUUAUCGCCGCUUCCGUUCCCGGCUUAAUGUUUGCUUAUUUCGUCGCUCUGCUGAAUCGUGCUUCGCUCACCUGUGCAUUUGCUCCUAUGUUUUCCCCGUUUUGGCUCUUUCAUUCGGUGGAUAGCUGACGCUUUGGAAUUUAUCAAAGCCAUCGGGACGGAGAAGCAGAUGGGAUUCGAAACAACAGGAUCGAAUAAAUCUCUUUAAGAAUUAAGAAUGAUAAAACGCUACAGUAUUCUGUACAGCAAUAAUUGCAGUAGUGUGUAUAUAUACGAUUCCUUUUCUUUUCGAUUUUAAUAGAAUGGGGAUGUUGUCUCCUCGAUCCUUGAAGGAGGGAGAGUUUGACGUCGUGACGACAACUUGUGGAAUAGUCUGUGUUAUCAGAUAACAAUUCUGUAUCGUCCAUCGUUUUUUAUUAGAAUAUUGCGGUUCAUACAACGUUGUUCUAGAUACAUGCGUACUAUGUAAGGUGUAAAUGACUCGUCAUUCAAAAGAUGUAAAAUGACCGUCGACGUGUUCUGUUUUUUGUUUCAUAAGAAUUAUUUAUUACACGGCGUGUCACGUUGUAAAUAUCAUUCUGUACAUAAGCACUGUAUGUAUACUCGGGAUCGUUGUUAAUGA